ACGCGCAAAUUGACUCGCAAAAGAGACGAGGCGAAUGCACCGAGCACGGACAAAACGAAGUGAGGCAGAAAGCAGAAAAACUACAAACAAUUCCCUUUGCGAUUAAACAAUAGAGUUAGCAAGGCAGUCGAUAUUGACUCACCAAAUUAAGGAAAUUAAAUAAAAUCAGCCCAAGAGUCGAGCAACCAGGGAGCGGAGCAUUUUCGCUGAAGGCGCGCGCGUUGCGUUCUUUUUCCCCAUUUUUGUGAGUGUGCUUGUGGCUGUGUGCGUGUGAGUGAGUGUGAAGUGAAUACACACACACGCAGACGACGAAGACGAGUGAAAGUGUCUCUCUCCCUCACGGAAGUGCAUCUAUCUGUGAUUUUGAUUUUGUAUAAUAAUAAUGCGUCGCGCAUACGCAAAUUUUUGUUACGCUUACGCCAAAGAUUAAGUGCGGUCUGAAAGAAGAAAACAGAAAGAGUGUAACACAAACAGAAAGCGAGGAGGAGAGAACUAGUGGAGUGGACCAGCAGAAACAGAGUCUUGCGAGGAAGAAAAAGGAAAUUGAAAAUGGCUGAACAAAUGGAAAAUACAUUGGUAAAACACUUAAAAGACCAUCAACAAAUGUUGACAAUUUCUGGCUCUGGCUCUGGUGCUGAACCCGAUCCAGAUCCCGACCCCGAUGAUGAUGAUGUUGGCGGGGCCGAAUCAGUUGUGGUUGUCAAUGGUGAAUUGGAUGCCUCAUGUUACCACGUGAACAUGAGAAUCCAUGAGGAUUCCGCAGAUGCACAAAUGGUGCCAGUGAAAUGUGAUUCGGGGGAUAGCUCCGCUUCUACUACAUCUGCCGCCAAACCCAAUGCCGCCAACGUGGCCGCUAAGCUGGCGAAGCCAGCACAGAGUAGCUCGCCGCCGUGUCAGCUUUUGGAGCGUCUUAAUUUCCCCGAAGGCAAUAUAAUCAAUACGCUUCAUACGAUAUUGGCUCUGCCGCCAUUUGACCCCUAUGCUCCGCCCGCCAAAUCGGACACAACAUACAAGGAGGUCAUCUCAUUGAUGCAGUGGAGCUUACGCGAUGACAACGCCAUCGAAUUGGAGUUGAGUGAGAAACUGCUGCAUGAGUGUGAGCAUAAGAGCAAUGAUCCCAACGAUGAGACGCGUUCUUAUUUGAUGGCCAUUGAAAAUAUGCGCUUGUUUUCCGAAGAUCCCAAGAAUCCGCUGCGAGAUGCCGAUGGACAGUUGCGUGCAAUUACGCUCUAUUUUCAGAAUCUUGCCUUUAUAUUUGUUAAACAUCGCAAGGGUGAAUUUUUUACAUUUUGCUCCUGCAAAGAAUGUCUCGAAUAUCGUGAAACCAUCAUGGCUAUUAUGAUGGAUCAAUUUAAGGCUGCUCACAUGGUUGUCAUGUUACUCGAUGUCCUCAUCAAGGCCUACAGUCCCAUGCUGAAAAACGAUGCUGCCUAUAAUAAAUUUGAGAAACUGCUUGAAUGCAACAAAGAAAUCUAUUGGAUCACAAGUGGUUAUCUCUACGAUAAAAAUGCCGAAUAUCUUGAUUUUAUUGAUGAUACAGCGAUCUCUGAUAAUAUGAUAUUAGUGCUAUUCAGUGCCAUCUUGAUGGCCAAUAAUCCAAUGCUACUGCUACAAAUACUCGCCUAUAAUGUGGAGUGCAUUGUUAAGGCUUUCUCCGAGGGUAUGAUCGAAAUUGCUCAGAAUGUGCAAGAGAACGAAAAGGUUUCGGCCGAGAGAAUGCUGACAUAUCUGUUGGAUGGAUACUCUGAUUUGAAUUGUAUUUCCCAGAAAAUCUCGCUAAGCCUUUUUGCUUUCGAAAAUGAUUUUCUACGAAAAUUCAAACUCUCGUGGGUGCUACUAUGCCAACGUUUAUUUCAGCAACAUGUGUUCAGUCCCCUGGGGGACACAAUGCUGGCCUGCAUCCUUUCAUUAAAGGAGACGGCCCCAUCGACCCAAAGUUCAGCCCUAAUAAAGCGUUUCAUGCUAUUCGAUGAGCAUAUGCACUCCAUUGAGCGCCGCUGGACGGACAUUUGGAUUGAAUUGAACAAGUUUAACUUGUCACCAACAGAACAUGAUCGUCGCAUGGGCCUGUUGGAUGUGUACAACAUAUUUGAUAAAGUUGUCAUGGAUGCCACAUCAUUUUCGCUGCCCGAUAUUAGCGAUGAUGAGUUUAUUGAUUUUCAGCGUAUUGUCGAUCGCCAGUUAGCUUGGAAGAAUAUAAUGGCAUUCACCAAACUAAAAUGGCCCGAUGGCUUCUAUGAUCCUCCCAAUAGGCUAGUGCAUGAGGAUGUAUGUAAAAAGUGUAGUUCGCUGCUGGAACACCAUGACGAGAACUGCAAAUGCAUCACUUGUUCUAUAGCCGGCACGCCCUUACGACCUCGGCUAGCUGGCCAUUGUGCCAAGUGCACAACGCUUGGCAUUGUUGAGAAGGAUGCCAAGCUAAUGAAAUCAAAGAUUCUCAGCACUUGCACUAGCGACGAGGCUAAACAUAAUGCCGCAUCGGCAACGGCGGCCGCUCAUCAACGACUGCACACGACGGAGGCUGUGGAUGAACCAAAUAGUGGUGGUAAUGGUGGUACUGUUGGAACUGUAUUUCGACGUCAAGAUACCACCGAAACCCUGCGCACAACUUAUCACAUCGCCUGGGCGGUAUUUCAACAUUUGACGACGAGAAAACGCUAUCGUCACGAUACUAUCGAAUCGCAGUUCUUUUGCGGUGAAAACUGCCGUGUCUCAGCCUGCCAAUUGGCACGUAAAAUUCUCGCCAAUCAAUUGUCACCACCGCUGACAAAACAUCUCUUGCGUUGCUUUCAACCAUUGUCCUUUACACGUGAAGAACUCCGAUCGACCCUUCCGUCUUUGAUGUUCUUUAAUCGUAAAUUGGCUCCCACUCCGGCGGAGUUGCAAGAGCUUAAGAAUCAGCAUUAUGUUUACAAGACCUAUUGGACUUUUGUACUUUCCAUCUAUGCCAAUUUCUUUGUUAAAUUCAAUUCAAGCUCAACUGAUUUUAAACAUUUGGAAUUGGUCAAGGGCGAUUUGCGUUUGCGACUUAAUAGCGUAGUGGGUGACAAGGAUGAUGGACGUUUUGAGCAAUUUCUGGCUCAGGUUAUAGGAUAUUCUCCAUUCAAGAUUACCGAUGAUUUUACUCUGGGCGAUACGAACAUAGAGAAGAUGCAAUUCGGUGUAGAUCAAUUAAUGAUGCUCCAUGACUCACAAAUAAUCAAACGAACCAAGCCGGAUAGCACAACCAAUUUGUCGGGAGCCAAGUCCAAGACCAAUGAAUCUGUACAAACGGCGGGUCCGGGUGGGAAUAACAACGAAGCUGGCAAUCCCAAAAAGUGUAAGGAGAAGAUGCGGAAAUGUUGUGCCGACUAUGCAGAUAUUGGUGAGCCAUGCAAAGAGAAUCAUUCAAAGAAGCGUGUUAAGAAAGAAUGCAAUCAUGCCCGUUUCAAUGAGACUCGUGAUCGUCUGCGUAAGAAACUCACUCAGAUUGUAAACGAUCGAAAGACUAAAAGUGCCCAGGAUAAUGCAGCGACUGCAAAUGCAGCAACGACAACAGCAACAAGCAGCAGCAGCAGACCCAAGCCCGAAUUGCCACCGGCAGUUGCCUCAACGAAGCGUCUGCUGAAAUCAGAUCCAGUGGCAAACACCCAGAACGGCAAGCAAUCUCAACCGCCUACAUUGAAAGUGUUUGCCACGGCGCAAUUGCAAUCGACAUCAACGUCGUCGUCGACAUCUGCCUCCCGCAAAAUGCCAGCAGUGGCAACUGCAGCAGCUGCAGCCGCAGCAGCUCUCAUAGACAACGGUGAAAAUAUUGUCGAGAAUUGCGACAAUAGUCUUCUCUGUCUGGACAGCCUCUGCAAGAGUAUACAAAUGCAUACGGAUGCCACAGUGGCGGCUAAUGCGGCAGCUGCUGCUGCCGCCGUGGCCGCUGUCAAAAGUGGCGAUGGUGGUGGUGGCGUGGGCAAUGCUACUCAAGAGCUGGGCAAUUAUAGCAAGGAAGACAUGAUGCAGGAUUUUGCUGAAUUUCUGGGCAGUUAUUCGCGUGAACAGGAUCAGCAACGUUGGAUUAAUGAGACGCUGAAUUUUAUUGAGGGUAAAACACAGCAGCCCCAAACCUCGAAUCCCAAAAAAGCGGCCAAGAAGGCCAAACAGAAGCAGCGCAAAGAAGAGGAAAAACGCAUCAAAGAGUUGGAGGAUUUGCGUAGUCAGUUCCUUGAUAUUUAUUUCAAGGAAUUUAUUGGCAAAUACGAAAUGCGCACUUUAACGGCUGCAGGCGGCCGAAAGCGUGAGAAGAAACGCAUUGCCGAACUGGAGGCAAACAUUAAGAAUCUUCAGCGAGCCAAGGGCAAAGUAGAGUCCGUCAUAUUGGAACUAAUAGCAACCAUUAAGCAGUCGAAUUCCGAUUUUAAAUUUUCCUAUCUACCCACCAAAGAGCAGCAAUUGGCCAAAAUGGCUCAGCUCGAAGAGUUGCUCAGUGGAGGAGGAGUCAGUUCCGGCAGUGCUGCGGCAGAAGUAUUACCAACAAACGCUCCGGCGCCGCAACGAUAUCCAGAGUUUAGUAAUCCUACCUCCUUCUAUCCCCCAAACGUCUCGCAAGUAUGUUAUGCUCCACCCCAGCAACAGCCACAAGUGUCAACGACUACGGUGACGGUAACAGCAGCUGCCAAUGCCAUUUCUACGGAUCCCUCGAAACGGAUUGUCACCAUACGACGAAUCCAAAUGCCGCAUUCAGGCGGGGAUCAACAGGUGACUGUGGUGGCCAAAGGAAGUUCUCCAAAUGAGGAUAAAUUGCUAUAUACAUUUGUCAAUGGCCAUAUGGUGGCUUCGGCUCAACCGGAAAACGAACCAUCAUCAUCAUCGUCUCCAGUCACUGCUGCUGUGUCUGUGCCAGAGAAGAGUGUUAAAGCUAGAAAAAAAGAGGCUAGAAGAGCAGAAGCUGCCGCAGCAGCAGCAGCAGCGGCCGCUGCAGCUACCGCUGCGUCCGCUGCUGAAUUGGAAGUUGCUAAAGCCAACAGUAGUGGGAAGAGCAAAAAGCAACAAAAGAAGUCAAAGACUUCUGUUAUGGUUGCAAAUGCUUCCAGCUCAACAUCGAAUACUAGCUCCAAAACUCAAACUCCUCAAAGCAGCGCCGUGAACACGAGAGAAAAUUCCGUAUGCCGUGUCAAGUCAAAGACAACGACGACGGCAAUGAUUAAAAAGGUCAAAAGUGUCGCUGGAGUCCAACUACCAAAGGUUGAGGCGUCGCCGCCACCACCAACACCAAUUGAACCGCCAAAAAGACAGAAGCGGGUAAGGUCUAAACUGGAUCAGGGUCAGCUGGAUAACAAUCCUUUCAAGUCCUUGCACAUGCAAGAUUCCUCAGAGGGUGAAUGGGAAACAGGAAGCGAGUCGGAUACGGCAGAGAGCGUUGAGCAGCCGCCGCCACCGCCAGUGAAGCCAAAAGCUGUUGCACCUGCUCCGAAAUUGCCACCUCCAGCAUUGGGAAAGCUUAAGCCCACACCGUUGACCACUUCCUCAACCAAAAAGACCAAAACAGAGUCUGCUCCGAAAUCGCAAUUGAGUCAGCAACAGCUACAAAAGGUUCAAAAUCAACCUGUACCGACGCAGACCCAGAAUCAACGCAAAGCAGCUGUCAAGCCUGUUCCACAGUCUCACCAGCAACAGCAACAAACGAAUCUGUCCAAGAACCAGCCUCAGCGUAUGCCGGCGGAAUCGACACGAAAGCCAAAGAGUCAACCUGAGGAAACGAAUCGAAUUGGUGUGCAGCAACAGCACCAACAGCAGACUCGUGGGACACGAGGAAACAAUCGCUCGAAGCAAUCCGCCGGUAACCACCAACAGCAGCAGCAGCAGCAGCAACAACAACACCAUCCUAACACCUCUAAUCUCCAAGCCGAUACAAAGCGAUCCCAGCGCAGCAAACGCAGUCAUCGACAAAAGCAGGAGGAUUUGUCUGGCAUUCCCAACCACAUGGGAUAUUUUAAUCCCAACGAAGUCGCCAUUCCACCUCCAAUGGCCAUGACAACGCAAUCGGCCGGUAGCUAUGCCAGCACUUUGUCUCAUCAGAUGCAGAAUUUGCGGAUAAGUGGGAACUCCAAAUUGUCGGCACAGCAGUCGGCCAACUGCAGCAUUAUGGAUCAAUUGAAUCGUGGUGUACAGGUGGAACAUCUUUCACUGCCACCGGGAAUUACUUUGACCAAAGUAGAUCCGGCUAAAAGUGAGCAACUGCGCCAAAAAAGUGAGUCAAUUCGCCUACUCUCCAAGCCGCUGGCCGAGCAUCAGCAGCAACAACAGCAGCAGCAGAUGCCAUUCCAGUCGCACCAUCUAAUGGCUGGCUAUCAUGGAGCAGUAGCCGGCUCCGGUAUGGAUCCCAAUGGUGUGAUUAUGGUGGAAGCCAAUCCGCGUUCGACUCGCCAUCCAAGUCAGCCAUCAUCUGCGGCUAUUGCCCCGAAUGUGGCUGCAGCCGCCGCAGCUGCAAGUGCCAGUGGCAAAUCUUCGCGCAGACGUCGACGCAAUCGCGGAAUGUCUGGCGGCGGCGGCGGCGGUGGCGGAGGUGGGAGUGCUAGUAGCGGUGGAAACGGCAACAAGCAGCGUGGUGGAGCAGGAGGCGGCGGAAGAGCCGAUAGCCAGACAGGGGCAGUUUCAACUGGGGCUACAAUUGAAACCAGUUCUGGUGGCAGCAUCAUUACACUUCGAAAUCCCAUGUUCCAUCAAUGCAAUGGACCUGUGGGCGGAGGUAUGAUGCCACCGAAUCCGAAUCCCAUGCCUCCAGCUCGAAGCUUUGGAGGCGGUGGUGGUGGCGGUGGCCUGCCCAUUGCACCGCCAAUGGCCAUGGAUCAACCUGCCGCAAUUAUUAAGAAUGAGAACGGAAUGUUCACCAUUCGUAAUCCAGCACUGCAUCAGGCUGUUACCAACGGUCUAUCCAUGGGCGGAUACCGCCAGUUUGGUAGCAAUGUGAACUAUUACACGCCACAGGAGGCGGUAGCUGAGGCGGCACGAGCUACCCAGCUGAAACAACAACAACAGCAGCAGCAGCAGCAGCAGGCAUCAGCGACAGGCAAUUCCAAUGCAACGGCAGUACCAGCAGCAACCACCAAUUUCUCGUAUUUCUCCAGUGGCUCUUCGGCUAAUAGCAGUGGCGGUAGCAUUAGCGGUAGCAAUGGCAACGGCACGCACAAUAAUAUCAGUAUUAGCUGCACAAACGUUGUACCCAGUGUCAGCGUGUCGUCGUCUACCUCUAGCAAUAGUCCCGGUCGGCUUGUGGGUGAAGCAGCCGUUAUUGCCCGUCCAAGACAGACGCAGAAGUGUCUGUCCGCCAUUGGCAGUGAAAUGAAGCAAAAGACCAAAGACAGCUAUCCAGUGCCCUCCGCCUCAUCCUCGUCGUCAAACAGUCAAUGGUCUGGCUUUGGCCAAUCGACAGAUUAUGGUUCGAAUUCUGGUGCAUCAUCUGGUGGCAGUGCGUUACAGGAAAAGUAUCAGCAAUCUAGCUACUAUAACGGUUUUGAGGUAUUCUCAUCGCCAUCUGCAUCACAAGCGGCAUCCGUUGGCGGUGGCAACGGCGGCCCUGGAGACUGUCAUAUGCAUCAUAAUUGCGGCGAUGAUUCACCACCACCAACAAUCACCGGUUUCAAUUCCUAUCUUGAGGGUAUACCCAAUACGGGCGUUAUACGUUACGAUAAUGCGGCAUUCCUUAAGAAUUUGAUACCAGGUCAACAUCUUAACAACGAGGUCUCUAUUCACAACAUAAACGAUUCGAACUUUGUGCGUAACAACACAUCGCCGUCUCCGCAUCACGUUGAAAUAACUAGUGUAUUUGGGAAUCGUGUUUGCUCCUCGAAUGCCUAUGAGCAACAGCAGCAGCAGCAGUCAUCUCAGUCCAGUGCCAAUUACUGUGACAAUGUGUCUGCAGAUUAUGGCAGUGAUACCCACCUGUUUGUGCCGAACAGCAUGAUGCCACGCCUAGCGCAACCACCGGCGGCACCAGAUCCCUUUGCUUAUGAUUUUGAAUCUGUCGGCUCUAAGCCCGCUAGCGUGGCUAGCGAUCUAAAUGAAUUCCUACGUCGCAGCCCGCACAGCCAGCGCACUUCGCCAUAUAGUCCCGACGAGAACGCUGCCUUGGAGAGCUUUGUCCAAAAUAUGAGCGCCCUCCAAAUAGAGAUACAAACAGCCGCGAACGAUGCUGAGCAGUGUUCGCGUCUAAAUGGACCUGGAGUUGCCAAUGAUACGGCUGUUGCUGAUGCUGCAGCCGGCGGCGCUGCCAGUUCCGCCUGGUGGUAAUUCUAUCCAUAGACACAGAGGAAGAGUGAGAGGCCAAGACGGCCGUAUCGCAUGACAAGAUUGGCUGGUUGCAUUGCCAACACAGAAAAUAAAACACACACACAAACACACAUCCCUCAUAUACAUCCAUGCGCCAGUCACGCCCAUAUAACACAGACAUUUCAUUUAUAAGGCAAAAAAAAAACAAAGAAAAAAAAUGAAAACGAAAAACUCACAAGAAAUCAUUAUAAAUGGCUUAGAAGUCAAUUUCGAUGUUUCAACAAAAAAUCGGAGAAAAAAAACAAAUAAACGAAUUCAUUCAAAUGGAAA